CCAUAAAAGGAACAUAACCUGAAUGUUUAACGGCUGUUACUUAGAAAGUUCAGUUUUUUGAAAAGUAAAGAAAUGAAGACUGAUGAAAAGAAUUCAUACUUUAUAUCAGUUAAUGUAUCAGACUUAAUUCUCACACCUCUUACAUGUGCAGCCUUAGUUAAUGAAAUUAUUAAAAAUCUAGUUUAUCAGAGGUCUCAAAUUCCAUACUCGUUUAAUUGGUUGGAAAGUGCUAUUAAACGCAAAAGAAGUUCAUUAGGAAAGAAAGAGUGUAAAAACAUUAAUCUCAAUAUUGAGAAGUAUUAUAAGGUUGCAUCUGCAGCCUUUGAUACACUUGAAGAUAUAAUGAAACAAAUUAAAAGUGAAUUUUUAAAAUGUGAGGAUUUAAUUAAAGAAGUGUUGAUUUUGUUUGGUUCGACUCCUUUGUGUGCUAAGGAGAUUUUUAUUAUUAAAAUACCUUUUAUAAGUAAAGGACAUAUAGAGGAAAACCAUUUGAGAAGUAUGCAGAAACAGCAGCAAAAAAUACUAAGAAGUAUAUUUUUAUCGGAAGACUGGAUUAAAGCAAUGGAAUCGUCCAUCCCUUCAACUAACACUUUUGUUUUGCUUAAGAAAAUUAAGAAGACUGAAAUGAAUAAUACCAAUGAUUUCUUUACUUAUAAAGAAAAUUACAGUUUGCCAUCUAGAAUUAAGCAUUACACUGUUGAAUUAAUUAAUGAUAAAAAAGUUUUAAGUAAUUGCUGUAGUCAUUUAUCUAUACACUGUGAUUCUCAAGUUUCCCAAUCGAAAUGUAAUACAAGUAAUACAUGUGAUGACAAUUCGGUAAAUGAAUGCAUAGAAACUGAUUUGCUUGAAUGGUAUCAAGCCAAUGUAGUAGUAAAGGGUUUUAAAGACUUAUUUGUAAAUAAGAUAUCUGCUAGUGAAUUGUGGUAAUUAUGUCAAUUUAGAAAAUCGUGCCAAUUAUUAAUUGAUAUUUAAAUAAUGAUUAUAUUUUUUAAGGUGACUAUAAAAUUAAUUUUAUAUAUUAAUUAUA